AUGUCCCCAUUAGGACAAGGAAUAUCCGCCUUCAUCCAACCCACCCUCUCAAAAGCCGUCUCCCACCUGGAUUUCAAGUCUGGCACCCUGCUAGAACUUCACUCGAAGGGACCAGCGUUGCGUCAACGUUGGGCUCGUUUGAUCCUUCUAUGCUGUGGUGCUAGUGCCUGUGCAUAUACCUGGGAAAGAUCCAAGUGCCUGGUUCUGUACGACUCUGUUGUGAUCAAGCCUGGCUUGGGUGUUCCGUCCCGACGGUUGGAUAUCCCUGCCUACCCAACGCAAGGCUCACUUCCAGGCCGCAUUUUGCGUGCACCACGCCCGGCAUCAUCCCAAUCCAACCUCUGCCCUGCCAAACCAGCCUUUGUUAAACCACUUACCCUCCAAGAUGCCGAAUACCACACCACGGCUAGUAUCACUCCACAUCCAUUCGCCAAAUGUCAAUGGACAUGGUCGACUGCCGACGCCCCUUUGGACGAGACUCCCUCUGCAAUUCUUCAUGCACCUAGAUAG